AUGACGGAUGGCACUGAACUGUUAAGUGAUUCUGGGGAAUGCGUGAAAAGGAGUUCGGUAUCUGCGAUCAAUAACUUAAGGACACUGGGCAACAAUGAUGAGGACAUGCAAAUGUCUCGACUGAAGGAUGCCGACGGGAACCUGGUUGGUAUGUGCUCCAACAUAUGUGGCAGUACGAAUGUCACAGUGCAAGUGAACAUCAAAUAUCUAGAUGUGGAGAUGGGUGGCAGGGUUGUCAAGCAGACGAAAACUGUCAUCAAGCCAGUGAACCUGGAGGAGGAGAAGCAGAAGAAAUGUUACACCUUGAAGUAUAUCUUGACGGAGGUAGAGAAUCUUUGGCGAUCUUUGGAAUCAGCGACCGAUGAUGUGAGAACAUAUGAGGACCUCAAGCAGGAGAUCCUCUCGCUAUACCUGACAGUGACUGAUCCCAAGUGCUGCUAUACUGUGGACGAUGCGGAGGGAGAACAGGCGCGGAUGUUCAAGCCAGGACUGCCAAACCCUUUCUAUGACAAGGUGGCCCAAUGCUUGCAACUUGUUUACCCCCAGAAACUCCCCACUGAUUUCUAUACAUUGGAGGAGUACUACCAGCCAGUGGGCUUUAUACUGUUGGGUACAGCCAGCAUAGUAGACCCCAUGCCAUAUCACCUGACUGUUUUGCGCCACCAGGAACAUUGCGACAGAACACAAUGGUAG